GCGGGGACACAUUCCCCAAUCUUCUCCUGCACAGGAGAUCGGGAACGUGCGAAGUGAAGGACUGGACGUGCGCACUGUAGGCAGGGGGGCUGCGGGCAAGCGCAUGGGAGCGUGCACGCACAUAGGGGAUGCUUGUAUUCGUCUGAGAGCGGCACACAUAGCACCGAGCUCCGGUAUACAAGCGGCGUGCACCUGACUCAUAGCCUGAGCGGACCACUACUGAACCGGCACCGAAUCCGCCUGGGGAGAAGCAGACACCCGUGGGAUUCUCGGCUCUGUCUUAUUACAGCCGGUCUGCUGACACCGAGCGCCCAGUGUGGAGCGGAGGAGAGCGCUGUGAUACCCUGACACCGUGCAGCACAAAAGUCUACACUUGCUGAACAUCUUUUGAAAACCGGACCUACCUGAAAACUUUGCAGGCAUCACCACGAAAGCAAUGGCUGGAGAGAGGGGCACCCUUCGCCAAUCUAGAAAGCAACAAAAGUAUUUCACCAUGGAUGUGGAUGAUGAAGAAAACAUGAGUUCAAGCAGCACAGAUGUUAAAGAAAAUCGUAACGUGGAUGGAGUAUCAGCAAAGGAUGGGAAUGGCCAAACUACCGGGGAGGGGGCCCAUCUCUCCAAUGGGGGUGAGGGAAGCAACAGAAAAAGACCAUUGGAGGAAGGCAAUAAUGGACAUUCCAAGUUCCGUCCAAAGAAGAGGAAGAAAACUCCAGGACCUGUGUUGCCAAAGAACGCUCUCAUGCAGCUGAAUGAAAUAAAGCCUGGCUUGCAGUAUAAACUUCUCUCUCAGUCUGGACCAGUCCAUGCACCUGUUUUUAUCAUGACUGUUGAUGUUAAUGGACAAGCUUUUGAGGGUUCAGGGCCAACAAAGAAGAAAGCCAAGCUUCAUGCAGCUGAAAAGGCUUUACGGUCCUUUGUUCAGUUUCCAAAUGCGUCAGAGGCCCACAUUGCUAUGGGGAGAACGCUGCCUGUAAACACUGAUUUCACUUCUGACCAAGCUGACUUUGCUGACACACUGUUUAAUGGAUUUGAGAAGCCAGAACAGUCUGACCAUGCAUUUUUCUUGGGAUCUAAUGGAAACGAAACUUUUAAUUCAUCAAUUGACUACAGCAUGACAGUGGUUGUAUCUGGUAAUCUAGUCCAGUCUCCCCUUCCCACCCCAUCUCUUUUUCCACCAGCAAGUGGAAAGAAUCCUGUAAUGAUUUUAAAUGAACUGCGGCCUGGUCUGAAGUAUGACUUUGUCUCAGAAAGUGGGGAAAGUCAUGCUAAGAACUUUGUCAUGUCAGUCACGGUGGACAAUCAGACAUUUGAGGGUUCUGGAAGAAACAAGAAGCUUGCUAAAGCACGGGCUGCUCAGUCAGCUUUGGCAUUACUCUUUAACUUGCAGCUGGAUCAGACCCCCUCCCGACAGCCUAUUCCAAGUGAAGGACUUCAACUGCAUUUACCUCAGGUUUUGGCUGAUGCUGUUUCGCGUUUGGUUGUAGAUAAGUUCAGUGAAUUAACAGAUAAUUUCACAUCCCCGCAUGCGCGGCGGAAAGUCUUGGCUGGUGUAGUCAUGACAACAGGAACGGAUGUGAAGGAUGCCCAGGUCAUCAGUGUUUCUACUGGAACAAAAUGUAUUAAUGGAGAGUACAUGAGUGACCGCGGUCUUGCGUUAAAUGACUGUCAUGCUGAAAUCAUAGCACGCAGGUCACUACUUAGAUUCCUUUACACACAACUAGAAUUUUUCCUAAGCACUAAAGAAGAUCAUCAGAAGUCCAUUUUUAUGAAAUCUGAGCGUGGUGGAUUUAGACUAAAAGACAAUGUCCAGUUUCACCUGUAUAUCAGCACAUCGCCAUGUGGAGAUGCUCGUAUCUUUUCACCCCAUGAAGCUGGACAGGAAGACCCGGGUGAUCGUCAUCCAAACCGAAAAGCCAGAGGACAGCUUCGAACCAAGAUAGAGUCUGGAGAAGGUACUAUUCCAGUGAGGUCCAGCAGUACCAUCCAAACCUGGGACGGUGUUCUUCAAGGAGAGAGGCUACUAACAAUGUCUUGCAGUGACAAGAUUGCAAGGUGGAACGUUGCAGGCAUUCAAGGAUCCCUGUUCAGUCUGUUUGUGGAACCAAUUUACUUCUCCAGUAUUAUCCUGGGCAGCCUGUAUCAUGGGGAUCAUCUCUCAAGAGCCGUGUACCAGAGGAUAGCAGAGAUAGAAGACCUUCCAUCACAUUAUAGCCUCAACAAGCCGUUACUGAGUGGUAUUAGCAAUGCUGAAGCACGCCAGCCAGGAAAAGCUCCAAGUUUUAGUGUGAACUGGACAGUGGGAGAUGCUGGUCUUGAAGUAAUUAAUGCCACCACUGGCAAGGAUGAGAUGGGUCGUGCAUCUCGGUUGUGUAAACAUGCUCUGUACGGUCGAUGGACGCGUCUCUAUGCAAAGCUUUCUUCCAACUUGCGAACCAAAAUUGGAAAACCAAACUUAUACUACGACACCAAGCAAUCAGCCUCAGAAUACCAAGCAGCAAAAGAAUGCGUUUUCAAAGCCUUCCAAAAAGCUGGACUGGGAGCCUGGGUCAAGAAGCCUAUAGAACAAGACCAGUUCCCUCUUACUGUUUAAACCUAUGAACAUGUUUUAAUUUCUGUAACAAGGCAGAGGUAUAUGGACACUAUUCGAGAACCUAGUUAUGAUUUCCUUGUAUCUCUGAUGUGCCAAUCAUCCUCAACUGCUUUUUUUUUUAACCUCCCUUUUUCCUAUAUUAAUAACUUUUAGGUCAUACCAAGAUUGUUUUAUAGAGUCUGGAAAAGUUGAUUUUAUUUAUUCCUUAGUGACCAAAGGCAGUAUAUAUUUUUGUUUUUUUGUAAACACCUGCCUCAGUUCCUAUUUUAAGUAAAAUGUAUGUAUCUUCAGCGGGAUAUCUCUCACCUCUGUAAAUUGUAUAUAAUUAAUACAGCACCAGUGUGCUAGACAGGCAGCUGAGAUGAGCUAGGAAAAGUGAUUAUUUUGAUUUGUUUUUGUUUCAGAUGUAAUUGAUAGUGGUUUUACACUGUACUUUUGAAGUGAGAGUAUUUCAUUUUUUUUUUUUAUUUUUUUUAUUCCCUGCCCUCCUGGUUUGUAAAUUUUAGCCUGCCGUUGACAUUAUCGUAGCCAGCAAUACUCAAUUUUGGGUUGGUAACUUCUUCUACCUCUCCCAGCAGUUUGCCGAUUUGAGGGAAUCAAUAUAUAGUACCCUUCCUCCUAUACUAAAAGGAGUUUAAAACCAGCUGCUGAACAUUUAGUGUCCUGUGUGUCUAUUUAUUAACGUGUGGCUGUCAUUUUAUUACUCCACUUUACACAUAUUGUGAAGUCCAAUUUUUACCAUGGCAAACUGGAACACAUCUAUAUUUUGUAUUUUCCUCAAUCUCUAGACUGUGGUUGUAAAGCAGAGUCUACAUAGAAGUAGCCUGUUUUCUGGAAUUGCAGCCAGUGUGUACAGACUAAAGAGAUUCUUAAUUCUUGCAAAGGUGUUACACCAACCUGAUACAGAAAGCUAUUAAUGGGAAAGGCACUUCACAUUUGUGUGCUUUUAUCCUUUUCUCUUGUGCUGUCCUAUUACCAAAGCAAUUUUGCUUUGCUAAAUUGUAGUGUAAAAUGAAAUGAGGUGUCUGUUUAUUAAGCAUGCUUUUACCACUUAAAGUAUGUAUAUAUUGACUUGAGAAACUGGCAUAUAGGAUGUAGGUUUCAUUGCUAAUUUGACUGUGUCUAUAUAGCAGAUGUGUCUGUUGUGGUCAGACAAAGUCAGUUUAUGCUGUACCUCUUUCCUAUAGUUGUGUCCAUUAUGGAUUAAAGGUAUGAACCAAAUCCAUAAUUGCCAUUUGUUUUCACUGUGGGGCAGGCAAGCAUGGAUAUGUUAAUGUUGUACAGCUCCUAGAUGUUAGAUAGCCAGCAACUGUAUAUUUUCCACUUUAUCCCGAUUUAAAUGAGAAUAAACUGUUCAGACAUAACCAGUAGACUCUCUCUGGGCACAGAGCUCCUAAUGGCUCAUGCUUCAUAUAAAGGGCUCUAACCUUGUGAGCAACUUUAUGAAGCGCAGCACAUUAAGCAGCUCAUUGUGAGGUCUGUUUUGGUGAUGUCUAACACUAUGAAAUAUAACUUAUGCCAGUCAAUUGCUUCAGUGCCUGCUGGUCACAGUUCUUACAAUUCACAAUGCGUUCCCAUCCUUUUGUGAAUGGAUAUGUCCUCUGUUAAAUAGAACAUGAAGGCCAAGUCAUCUGCAACUCUAGUGCAAUCCAGUCCUAUCAUCUUGUAAGUGUAGCAAUUUCUCAGUGUGUGUGGAACAGAAUAAACAUUUGAAGGUUGUACACAAUAAAGCAGGGACUGUGUUUGUAUAUAUAUAAAAAAUAUAUCUAUACCUUAA